AUGGUUCUUCCAAAAGAUAUUUCAACGGUUUAUAAUGAAAACAUGGAAGCAAAUCAAAAUCUUUUAACGACACAUGCAGACCUUCACAUGACUUUGCUUUACGUGGCUUUUGGUAAAAGUUCAAAUGAUUUUAAUCAAGUUGAUGUUGCACGAUCAUUAAAACAAGCCGAAAAUUUCUUUGACGAUUACACUUUAACUCAAGCUCAGACUUAUGGAGAUGUGCUAUUUUAUCCAUUAGAUGAACAUAGGACAUGUUCUAAACUUGGAAUUCCAACAGAGUAUUGUCCCUGUAUUAAAUAUACCGAAUUAGAAAAUACAAAAGAGAAGGAUGAAAAUAUUAUUAACCGUUUGAUUGAAUUCGCCGUUUCCUUUAUGAAUGAUAAAAUACAAGAAUUUGGAGUUGAAAAGAUAUGUAAUAAAUUCGAUUAUGAUAUAUCCAAAGCUAUAAAUAGAUCGGUUGAAGCAAAUUUUACAUAUGGAGACUUAGAAUAUUACUCUGGAUAUUAUCUACCUUCAACGUCACAAAAUUCAAGAAUUUAUGCUGUUACGGUGAAUGUAAAAUCUUAUCCAGCGAAACUUAAAUUUUCUUCAACAUUUAUUAAUAUUGUAAAUAAAAAUACAAAUGGUCUUACUGUAACUCAAAUAACUUCUUAUAAAGGAGAAUGGGAAGGAAUUUGUAGAAGUAAGAUUUAUAAAAAUAUUAAAAAUGAAAAACAAGACCAAGAAAGUGAAGCAUAUUUAAAACAUUUUUGUUUUUGUUCUAAGAAAUUUUAG